AUGUGGUGUUUGCGGAUCUCUAUCUCUCUCCAUUACUGGGUCAGGACCUUCGUGUCGGACCAGAGCUGGAUCAAAACACGAGCUCAGCUGCUUAGUUCCAGAGGACAGAGCAACAAAGACAAACAGGAGAGAAAGGAGUCAGAGCUGCACCUGUGGGAGACGAAGGGGGAGACGAAGGGGGAGGCUCAAAAUAACCAGAGACAGAUCCUGAUCCUCCCCCAGCUCUGGCCCUUCUGCUACCUCACCCUCUGCCUCACCCUCACCCUCUGCCUCACCCUCUGCCUCACCCUCUGCCUCACCCUCUGCCUCACCCUCUGCCUCACCCUCUGCCUCACCCUCACCCUCUGCCUCACCCUCUGCCUCACCCUCUGCCUCACCCUCUGCCUCACCCUCUGCCUCACCCUCUGCCUCACCCUCACCCUCUGCCUCACCCUCUGCCUCACCCUCUGCCUCACCCUCACCCUCUGCCUCACCCUCUGGCUCACCCUCUGCCUCACCCUCUGCCUCACCCUCACCCUCUGCCUCACCCUCACCCUCUGCCUCACCCUCUGCCUCACCCUCACCCUCUGCCUCACCCUCUGGCUCACCCUCUGCCUUUGGCCCUAA